UUUAUCCCAGUCGCUAGGAAACAGAAGCCGGAAGCGGAAAUGCCUUCACGACAACGUCCGGAAGAGGUCGCCAUGGCUUCUCAGGAGGAGGUACUCGCCUUACAAGCUGAAGUUGCCCAACGUGAGGAGGAAUUGAAUUCGCUGAAGCAGAAGCUGGCGUCGGCCCUUUUGGCUGAGCAGGAACCGCAGCUAGAACGGCUGGUUCCGGUGUCGCCGCUUCCGCCGAAGGCCGCUCUGUCCCGAGAUGAGAUUCUGCGCUAUAGCCGGCAGCUAGUGCUGCCCGAGCUGGGCGUGCACGGGCAGCUGCGCCUGGGGACCGCGUCCGUGCUAAUCGUGGGCUGCGGUGGGCUCGGCUGUCCAGUAGCGCAGUACUUGGCAGCGGCCGGCGUGGGCCGCCUUGGCCUUGUGGACUAUGACGUGGUAGAGAUGAGCAACCUGGCCCGCCAAGUGCUGCAUGGCGAGGCACUGGCUGGCCAGGCCAAGGCCUUUUCGGCCGCCGCCUCGCUGCGUCGCCUCAAUUCGGCAGUGGAAUGCGUGCCAUACACUCAGGCCCUUACGCCAGCCACUGCCCUAGACCUGGUCCGCCGAUAUGAUGUGGUGGCUGACUGCUCGGACAACGUGCCCACUCGCUACCUGGUUAAUGACGCAUGUGUGCUGGCGGGUCGGCCCCUUGUGUCUGCCAGUGCCUUGCGCUUCGAGGGCCAAAUCACAGUCUACCAUUAUGACGGUGGGCCUUGCUAUCGCUGCAUAUUCCCCCAACCACCCCCAGCGGAGACAGUGACCAACUGCGCGGACGGCGGGGUGCUCGGUGUCGUAACUGGGGUCCUGGGCUGCCUGCAGGCCUUGGAAGUGCUGAAAAUCGCUGCGGGUUUGGGCCCCUCUUACAGUGGCAGCUUGUUGCUCUUUGAUGCCCUGAGAGGGCAUUUCCGCUGUAUUCGGCUGCGGAGCCGCAGGCUCGACUGUGCAGCUUGCGGGGAACGGCCCACUGUAACUGAUCUGCUGGACUAUGAAGCCUUCUGUGGCUCCUCAGCCACUGAUAAAUGCCGCUCUCUGCAAUUACUGAGCCCAGAGGAGCGUGUUUCUGUCACCGACUAUAAGCAACUUAUGGAUUCUGGGGCAUCUCACCUGUUGCUGGACGUCAGGCCUCAGGUGGAGGUGGACAUUUGUCGUUUGCCUCAUGCCUUACACAUCCCUCUGAAACAUUUGGAACGCAGGGAUGCGGAGAGCCUGAAACUCUUAAAAGAAGCAAUCUGGGAAGGGAAGCAGGGCACACAAGAAGGGGCUGCUGUCCCCAUUUAUGUGAUUUGCAAACUGGGAAAUGACUCACAGAAAGCCGUGAAGAUCCUCCAGUCCUUAUCAGCAGCUCAAGAGUUAGACCCUUUAACAGUUCGGGAUGUUGUGGGGGGCCUCAUGGCCUGGGCGGCCAAAAUCGAUGGAACAUUUCCACAGUACUAAGGUGACUGGUAUAGUCUGAUGAGAAAGAUGUGGAUUGCCAUAAUACCUCAAAGAUACACUUGUUUGCAUUUUUCAGUAAUAUACAUAGGAGCUGGAGAUUCUACAGUAUCUGAAUACAUGGACUCCUUUUUUAUAAGGAGUGUUAAAAAUUGUUAUGUAUUGGAUGACUUAAUGGAUUAUACUGUUUCUGAGAACCAUCUUUUUUUUUUUCAGCACACGGAGGGUGUCUUGGACAUGUGAGAUGUAACGUGACAAGAUUUUGUAUUUUAAACUGCAGAUCAUUUACCUGUCCUUAUUUUCCACCUACCCCAGUCAAAAUGCUUUCUAAAUCAUUUUCACAGAUUAUAUACUUAGGAUCUGUUUACUGUUCAGUUAAGAAAUUCUUGGAUCUUAUUAAUAUUUCAUACGAUAGAAUACAUCCUACAGAAAUACAUGUUUAAAAUGUAAAUUGUUUUAAUUAUUCAGAAAGGGGGUCAUUCUAUUUGGCAUUUUGAAUUAGUAUCAAAAUGAGAUUUUUGUUUUUUUUGAGAUGGAGUCUCGCUCUGUUGCCCAGGCUGGAGUGCAGUGGUGUGAUCUCAGCUCACUGCAACCUCUGCCUCCCACGUUCAAGCGACUCUCCUGCCUCGGCCUCCUGAGUAGCUGGGAUUACAGGCGCACGCCACCACGCCCGGGUAAUUUUUGUAUUUUUAGUACAGAGGGGGUUUCAGCAUGUUUGUCAGACUGGUCUCAAACUCCUGACCUCGUGAUCUGCUUGCCUCGACCUCCCAAAGUGCUGGGAUUACAGGCAUGAGCCACCACACCCGCCCAAGAUCUUUAAAGUUUACCAAAAUAAAGGAAACCACCUUUGUAGUCUG